UUAAGAGGCGCAUGAACUUUUCAUUCUUAUAUUAUAUGUGUAAGAAGAGCAUGGUUUAAGAAAUUGCUUUGCUUUGCCUAGCCAUGUUUUUCAAAUUUGCAAUAGUGGUGUCUUCCUUAAUCGGGUUAGUAGCAGCAGAUGAAAAUCUUGGUUUCAUCUACAAUGGUUUCAGAUCGGCUAAUUUGAGCCUCCAUGGUACAGCUAAGUUCACCGACGAAGGACUUUUACAGCUUACCAACGAAACCCAAAGAAUAAAGGGUCAAGCCUUCUACCCUAAUCCAAUAUCCUUCAAGACCUCAACAAAUGCCACGGCUUUCUCUUUUUCUACAAUUUUUGUUUUAGGUAUCCAGUCUCAAGUUGAUGUUCUUAGUGGCCAGGGUAUGGCUUUCGUGAUUGCACCAACACUAGGGCUCCCUUUCGCUCUUAACAGUCAAUACCUCGGCCUUUUUAACGAUAGCAAUAAUGGAAAUGCCAGUAAUCAUGUUUUUGCCAUAGAGUUCGAUACGGUGCAGAAUGCCGAGUUUGCUGAUAUUGAUAAUAACCAUGUAGGGAUUGAUAUUAAUAGUUUGAAAUCUGAGAUAUCAGCUCCAGCUGGUUAUUAUGACAAUCAAACCGGUGAAUUUAAGAACUUGACGCUCAUUGAUCGUCAAAGAAUUCAAGUUUGGGUGGAAUAUGAUGGUGAGGAGAAGCAAAUUAACGUUACUUUAGCUCCAUUUAACAGUGGUAAGCCCAGUAAUCCACUUCUGUCUUUGUCGAGGGAUCUUUCAUUAAUUUUUAACGAAAACAUGUUCGUUGGCUUCUCAUCGUCCACCGGUUUGUUGUUAUCAUCUCAUUAUGUUUUGGGUUGGAGUUUCAAAAUGAAUGGACAAGCAGAGGAACUUGCACUCUCUCAGAUUCCUAAGCUUCCCCGAAUUGGUCCCAAACCGAAAUCAAAGUUUUUGACAAUUGGGCUCCCUGUAAUUUUUGUAAGCUUGACUUUAGCUGCAGUGUCAGGUGUGGUUUAUGUGAUAAGAAGGAAAAGAAAGUUCGCUGAAGUGCUUGAAGAUUGGGAGCUUGAAUAUGGGCCUCAUAGAUUCAAAUACAAAGAUCUUUAUUUCGCCACCAAAGGAUUUAGAGAAACAGAGCUAUUAGGUAGUGGUGGAUUUGGCAGGGUGUACAGAGGUGUACUACCCAACUCUAAACUAGAAAUUGCAGUGAAGAGAGUCUCUCAUGAAUCAAGACAAGGAAUGAGAGAAUUUGUUGCUGAAAUUGUUAGUAUUGGUCAUCUCCGCCACCGGAAUUUAGUACAACUCUGGGGUUAUUGCCGGCGUAAAGGAGAGCUGCUUUUGGUGUAUGACUACAUGCCUAAUGGAAGCCUGGACAAGUACAUCUAUGGCCAACAAAAGGUGACCCUGAAUUGGAAACAAAGAUUUCAAGUAAUCAAAGGCGUAGCCUUGGGCCUAUUUUAUCUACACGAAGAAUGGGAAAAAGUUGUUAUUCACAGAGACGUCAAGGCUAGUAAUGUGUUACUUGAUGCUGAACUGAAUGGAAGGCUGGGUGAUUUUGGGCUUGCAAGAUUGUAUGACCACGGAACUGAUCCACAAACAACUCAUGUGGUUGGUACUGUUGGCUACCUCGCCCCAGAGCACGCUCGAACAGGGAAGGCCACUAGAAAUACUGAUGUAUUUGCUUUUGGUGCCUUUCUGCUCGAAGUUGCCUGUGGCAGAAGGCCAAUAGAGCCACAUUCGCCGACAGAGGAGACAGUGAUUUUGGUUGAAUGGGUAUUUGGUUUUUGGAGUGAAGGUAAAAUUAUUGAGGCAAGGGAUCCGAAAUUGGGAACAGAUUAUGUCGCGGAGGAGCUAGAGUUAGUGUUGAAACUUGGGUUGAUGUGCUCUCAUUCAGAGCCCGCAGCUAGGCCAAGCAUGCGACAAGUUGUGCAGUACUUGGAGAAGGAUGCUCCUUCGCCAGAGUUAUCAGCUCUAGAAAUUUCAGACAGUGGCCUAAGAUUUGCGCAUUCGGAAGGUUUUGAUGACUUUGUAGGCUCGUCUCCAUCUUUAAUGGGCAGAACAGCAUCGACUUCUAUUGCAGAUUCAAUACUUUCAGCCAUGUUUUUCAAAUUUGCAAUAGUGGUGUCUUCCUUAAUCGGAAUAGUAGCAGCAGAUGAAAAUCUUGGUUUCAUCUACAAUGGUUUCAGAUCGGCUAAUUUGAGCCUCCAUGGUACAGCUAAGUUCACCGACGAAGGACUUUUACAGCUUACCAACGAAACCCAAAGAAUAAAGGGUCAAGCCUUCUACCCUAAUCCAAUAUCCUUCAAGACCUCAACAAAUGCCACGGCUUUCUCUUUUUCUACAAUUUUUGUUUUAGGUAUCCAGUCUCAAGUUGAUGUUCUUAGUGGCCAGGGUAUGGCUUUCGUGAUUGCACCAACACUAGGGCUCCCUUUCGCUCUUAACAGUCAAUACCUCGGCCUUUUUAACGAUAGCAAUAAUGGAAAUGCCAGUAAUCAUGUUUUUGCCAUAGAAUUCGAUACGGUGCAGAAUGCCGAGUUUGCUGAUAUUGAUAAUAACCAUGUAGGGAUUGAUGUUAAUAGUUUGAAAUCUGAGAUAUCAGCUCCAGCUGGUUAUUAUGAUAAUCAAACCGGUGAAUUUAAGAACUUGACGCUCAUUGAUCGUCAAAGAAUUCAAGUUUGGGUGGAAUAUGAUGGUGAGGAGAAGCAAAUUAACGUUACUUUAGCUCCAUUUAACAGUGGUAAGCCCAGUAAUCCACUUCUGUCUUUGUCGAGGGAUCUUUCAUUAAUUUUUAACGAAAACAUGUUCGUUGGCUUCUCAUCGUCCACCGGUUCGUUGUUUUCAUCUCAUUAUGUUUUGGGUUGGAGUUUCAAAAUGAAUGGACAAGCAGAGGAACUUGCACUCUCUCAGAUUCCUAAGCUUCCCCGAAUUGGUCCCAAACCGAAAUCAAAGUUUUUGACAAUUGGGCUCCCUGUAAUUUUUGUAAGCUUGACUUUAGCUGCAGUGUCAGGUGUGGUUUAUGUGAUAAGAAGGAAAAGAAAGUUCGCUGAAGUGCUUGAAGAUUGGGAGCUUGAAUAUGGGCCUCAUAGAUUCAAAUACAAAGAUCUUUAUUUCGCCACCAAAGGAUUUAGAGAAACAGAGCUAUUAGGUAGUGGUGGAUUUGGCAGGGUGUACAGAGGUGUACUACCCAACUCUAAACUAGAAAUUGCAGUGAAGAGAGUCUCUCAUGAAUCAAGACAAGGAAUGAGAGAAUUUGUUGCUGAAAUUGUUAGUAUUGGUCAUCUCCGCCACCGGAAUUUAGUACAACUCUGGGGUUAUUGCCGGCGUAAAGGAGAGCUGCUUUUGGUGUAUGACUACAUGCCUAAUGGAAGCCUGGACAAGUACAUCUAUGGCCAACAAAAGGUGACCCUGAAUUGGAAACAAAGAUUUCAAGUAAUCAAAGGCGUAGCCUUGGGCCUAUUUUAUCUACACGAAGAAUGGGAAAAAGUUGUUAUUCACAGAGACGUCAAGGCUAGUAAUGUGUUACUUGAUGCUGAACUGAAUGGAAGGCUGGGUGAUUUUGGGCUUGCAAGAUUGUAUGACCACGGAGCUGAUCCACAAACAACUCAUGUGGUUGGUACUGUUGGCUACCUCGCCCCAGAGCACGCUCGAACAGGGAAGGCCACUAGAAAUACUGAUGUAUUUGCUUUUGGUGCCUUUCUGCUCGAAGUUGCCUGUGGCAGAAGGCCAAUAGAGCCACAUUCGCCGACAGAGGAGACUGUGAUUUUGGUUGAAUGGGUAUUUGGUUUUUGGAGUGAAGGUAAAAUUAUUGAGGCAAGGGAUCCGAAAUUGGGAACAGAUUAUGUCGCAGAGGAGCUAGAGUUAGUAUUGAAACUUGGGUUGAUGUGCUCUCAUUCAGAGCCCGCAGCUAGGCCAAGCAUGCGACAAGUUGUGCAGUACUUGGAGAAGGAUGCUCCUUCGCCAGAGUUAUCAGCUCUAGAAAUUUCAGACAGUGGCCUAAGAUUUGCGCAUUCGGAAGGUUUUGAUGACUUUGUAGGCUCGUUUCCAUCUUUAAUGGGCAUAACAGCAGCGACUUCUAUUGCAGAUUCAAUUCUUUCAGGUGGCAGAUAA